AUGCACGAUCGAUUAAACAUCAACCGUGAAAUAGAAAUAGAAAAUAUUCAUUAUCAAAAGGAUAUUAAAUACGCGUUACAAUUUUGUCGUUGGGCUCUUAAACCAAUCGGUAUUUGGCCAUUGAUAUAUCCAGGUGCUACGAAAAAAGAAAUCAUUGUAUCGAUUUUUCUUGGUAUCACAUGUUUUACAUGUCUGUGUUUCGUCCUGAUACCAUCCGGAUUGCAUACAUUGAUCUACGAACAAAAUAUUAAUAUUAAAUUGAAAUUAUUCGGACCGGUUGGUUUUUGUCUAACGUCAACUAUCAAAUAUUGUUAUCUUGGUAUCAAAGGAACCGCCAUUGGUCGGUGCAUAUAUUAUAUGGAAAAAGAUUGGAAAUGCGUUAAGGAUCAAAAUUAUCGAAGGAUUAUGAUGAAACAUGCUACGGUAGGUCGUAAUCUUACCAUACUAUGUGCCAUUUUUCUCUACAGUGGUGGUAUGUCUUAUCAUACAAUAAUGCCGUUGUUCUCGCGUCAAAGGAUUGAUGAAAAUCAUACGAUAAGACCUUUGACUUAUCCUGGAUACGAUAAAUUUGUUGAAUCCCAACUUAGUCCAACUUACGAGAUCAUUUUUUUUACUCAUUGUGUAUAUGCUUUGAUCACUUACAAUAUUACCACAGCUACCUGUAGCUUGGCAGCCACUUUUGUUAGCCAUAUUUGUGGUCAAGUACAAAUUAUCUUAGCUAGAUUGGAUGAUCUCGUUGAUGGUAAAACAAGUAAAAAUACUUUGGUCGCUGAUAGAAUGGCUAUUAUUAUUCGGGAUCAUGUCAAAGUACUUAGAUUUUCUAAACAAGUUGAAAAAGUUUUGCGAGAAGUUUGUCUGAUGGAAUUAGUUGCAUCGACGUUGAUUAUUUGUCUUCUUCAAUAUUAUUGCAUGACGGAAUGGAAUAAUAAUGACACCGUUGCAAUUCUAACGUAUCUUAUACUUUUAAUUUCUUUCACGUUUAAUAUUUUUAUAUUCUGUUACAUCGGUGAGCUGCUAGUUGAUCAGUGCAGAAAAAUUGGUGCAGCAUCCUACAACGUUGAAUGGUAUCGUUUAUCUGACAAUAAAGGAUUAGAUCUUGUUUUGUUGAUUGCUAUUGCAAAUUAUCCACCUAAAAUUACCGCUGGAAAGAUUUUCGAGUUAUCUUUGUCAACAUUCGGUCGUGUUUUAAAAUCAUCGGUAGUUUAUCUGAACUUGAUUCAAGCGGUAGCAGAAUGA